AUGACAACAGAAGGUUACCAUGCCUCCGCAUGGGUUACAGCCACGGGAGGAAUUUCUACUAUUGCGAUGGAUAGAGAAAAAGCUAUAUUUCCUACAAGGAUAGAGAGAAACCUGAGCACCGAAAGCGACAUGGACCACACCAAAAUGUCAUGUGACUCUUGGGAAUGGAAUGCGCUAAGAUGGGGUAUAUUCGACUGUAUCCAGGUACUCAUCGGUGUCUUUGGCAUCAUCGGGAACCUUCUUGUUAUUGUCGUCCUAGCCAAACGUCGUGGGGCCUUGCACUCAAUGGAUAUCUUAGUAGGUGCGUUAGCCAUCGCCGACUUGAUCAGCUCCGUCUUUAUUAUCCCGGUGCCAACAUCGAAGAGAAUACCGCGAACACCGCUAGGUCUCUUCUUCUGCAAGAUGAUAGACUCUCGGUAUUUCCUAUUCCACGGGUUGCGGACAUCAUCCUACAUUCUCAUGGCAAUGGGAGCUGAGCGCUACAUGGCUGUUGCACAUCCUUUAAACCACAUGUUAGUGUUUACCUCUCGGCGCAGCAAGAUCGCCAUCAUGCUCCUGUGGUUGGCUGGUAUACUUUCCGCUUUGUUCAUCCCGUUUGUUUUUGUGAUAACACCCCAGUGCACCUGCCUCUAUCGGGCUGUCCCAAGCGUUGUAUUCCCCAUCGGAAUCUUCAAUUACCUGGUGACCGUAGUCCUACCGAUCUCAACUCUCCUCCUCACGCAAGGUCUCACGGCAUAUUCCCUUCACAAGCAACGCACGAUCGCCAAGAGAGCACAGAUCCAGAAAACCGAUAAACCUACGUUCCAUAUUGUUGCUCGGAACCGCGUCAUUAAGCUCAUGCUAAUCGUUGUCAGCACCUACAUCAUUUGCUUCACCCCGAAUAUGACAGCCUAUUUCUUGGUGAACCUGGGCGUCUUACCCAUUACUUUCAUUUGGAGUCCCUUGAGUUCUAGCUUGAUUCUGCUCAUGUUCCUCAAUUCCUGCGCUAACCCGAUCAUCUAUACCAUCCGUUAUCCUCCGUUCCGAAAAGCGCUUAAGGAGUUGUUCUGUGGGGCGACCGGAUCACCUCGGAGUGGCGCCCCGCUAUUUGGUCACAAUUCUGAGUCAGUUAAAAGUACAACCAUAAAAGAAUCGGUUUCGAAGGCAAACGGAAUCAAGGCCUAG